UCCUGUUUCUCCUCCUCGACAUCUUUCGCCGCCCCUCCUUCCCUCCUUUCCUUUCUACCACAUACGCACCAACUACUACCACCAGCAUGUCCUCUUCCACCUCUCUGCCCUCUCUCGACCCGCUCCCGCUCCCCUGGUUCCUCUUCUUUGCCUUCUUCGAGCCCAUCACCACUUGCGCCGGAGCAUACGUAGCCAUCUUCACUCCGGAGCAAUUCUAUCAUGAUCUCAUCCCGCAGGCCUUUAGGGGUACUCUGACGGGUUCAGGCGGUGUCAAGGCGACAUUGAAGAGCGUGACUGGGGCGAGUAGUGCGAGUUUGCUGGCGCUUGGAGAGGAAGGGAGAGUGGCUGUGAGCCAGUUGGGAAGCUGCUAUCUGCUUCUGGCCAUGCUCUCGUCCUUUGUCAUCCCCACUGUGCGGUCUACCCUCUGCAAUCCCAAGACGGCUACGCCCCACUCGAUCCGCGGGGCAGAGAAGAUCAUGAGGAACAUGCUUAUCGCGCUGGCCAUUGCAGACUGGAUUCACAUCCUCCUCACUCUGCAGCUGCUCCCACCUCAACCCAGCACGUCUAUCCUGGACAUCUCCACCCUCUCGAGCAAAGUCGUCUACCUUGCCUCGCAUCCCUCGAGCUGGAAUCCCCUGCUGGCAGGCAAUGUACUGGCAACGAUUGGGCUGUUUGUCGCUCGGAGUCUGUGGAUGGCUGGGGUAGGGAGAAGGAGGAGUACGAAGGGAGGUGCGGGGAGCAAGGGAGGGAAGAAGCAAUAGCGUGUGUAGUGUGUGUGUGAUAAUUGACCCACUGCAGUGGAAUGUAUGCCAUACACCUGGAUGAAUGGG